UCCCUAGUAGAACACCAUGUACCUAGCUAACAGAGCUCUACCUUGUGUGCAAUGGAAGCCUCAUGACUCAUUUUCAGCAUGACAAAAUCUCUUCAGCAACCACAGUUGGCUUUUAAAAUGUGUGCCGGUGCCAUGGCCACUGCUGGUGUUUUCCUUGGACCUGUAGCCUCCUGUUUUGGCACCUCUUUUCACAACACAAUGAGCCCAUUGAUAUGGAUUGAGAUGAUGCUCAUUUUGUCUCAGGCCUCUGGCACUAGUGGUGUGGAUUGGAAAGCUGAUUACCCGAAGGUUGUUUUUACCAAUAAGGGAGAUGAUGUGACCAUUCCAUGCAAUUUUACCUAUCCCCCGUCCCCAUCUAAAGAGCCUAUACAGGCCUACUGGAAACGCCUGGGAAAUACUAAACUUAACAUCAAUGACAAUGACAAGAAUGAAUUCCUCUAUCACCCCAACAACACAUUUGUCAUCAAGAGUUUUCAGAACAGGACCAUUCAUGACAGGAAAUGUCACUAAGGGAAACUGCUCCCUGAACAUCAAGAGAAUUGAAGAAGGCGACAUGGGGCCCUCCUACUACUUGAGAAUUGCCACUGGAGCCAACAACUUCAGUUUUAUUAAUGAUCUUGUCUACAUUAACGUAUCUGGAACCUCCGGGACUAUUUCAAUCAUACCAAUGGACAAGUCAAACACAGUUGAUUCCACGACUACAGUCCCACUAGCCACCACAGAAUUGUGUGAGGAAGCGCUAUCCACGACCAUAUAUAUUGCCACCACGGUCCCAGUGGUUGCAGUUCUACUGGUUGCUGUAUUGGGGAUUGUUUUGUUCUUCAAGUACAGGAAAAGGUCCAGGUGUGUCACUAUGCAAGUGCCUGGAUAUUAUGCUAAUUUCAACAUGACUCCAAUGACCAAACCUGAAAGAGUCAAAACUACAAAGAAAGAUGACACCCAAGUUCCUCCUCCAAGGGUCAUCGAUGAGCCCGUCUAUGGCAACGUCCAGGGUCCAGACGAUCCGAUGGACAGUAUGGAUCAAAUGGACAGUGUAUAUGCAAAUGUGGAUCAUACAAAACAGUGAUGAGGCUGCAUCUCAGAUUUCGUCACUGCUUAAUAAUACUUGUUGAGUGUGUGCACGCGUGUGUUUUUAUCUUGAUUGUUUUCUUGUCAAAAGGCAGCUUACAGUGUCAGCCCUCAUUUCUCACAUCCUGUUUGACUUUCACUUGGUUAGACAAUAAUAUGUGCAGCUUGUUUGUUAAAUGUAAAAUACAUAGUUCAGAAUGUAACUAUUUUUGAAAGGACUGGCUUUCAAAUAAACAUACUUACUGAGAUGAUAUGCUACCGGCUGUUUGAUUCAAUAUCAAAACAAUUCACACAAAAACAGCUCUCGCAGUCCUAUAUUGAUAAGCAUUCGCAACUAAACAUAAUGUUUGUGCUGAGUUGGACAGAAACAUAAUGUCAAAAAACAAUGUUUUUUGACAAAGGCUUUCUGGGUAGUCAUGAGUGAAUGAAGUCAUACACAUGAGAUUCACGUGUCAAAGUGAAUAACGUUUUUUAAGUUUUGAAUGGUUGAGUGUUAAGUUUUCUAUGUUGCAUAUGUGAACAAACAGUAUCUGAUAAGAAACUUUGAUAUAUAGGCCUUGAUUUUGGUACUCAAAUGCAACGUCUCAGGGUAAGAGUGAGUGAAUCUCCGGCAUAUUACUGGACAUGAACUAAGGAAACACAGAAAAGGCACUUCUGCAUUCUUAUUUUUCCAGUUCAAACUCAUACAUUGUAUUCUGUGUUUGACGAAUGAGAGCUGUUCCAAUUGCCUUGGUUUUAGGAUUUCAUCUCUACGGCAUCUGUUUUAACACAUUUCCUCUCUUUUCUUCCACAGUCACCUGUGAUGGAGCUCAAACUGCUGUUUCAUGUUUUGCUGUUAUAUGGUACCUCCUUAAUUUCCUGAUAAUAUUACAGCAGUCAUGUUUGUGCGAGCUGUCUAUGUACACUAGGAAGGAUAUCGUUUAACUCAUGAUGGACUUGAGCCCAAUGACUUCUCCAGUGAUCCAUGGGGUCGAGUCUCAGGUCAGCAGAUGUCCCAGGGGGUCAACAGACAUUUCAGGUUUACAUAUACAUUCAGGUACCCUCCCACAUGGAGACACACAUCACAGAUUAUAGAGGCACCUGUUAUACCCUCUCCUGGUGGGGGAAGAUCAACAAAUAUCUAGAACCUACAGGAGAACACCAGAUGACCCCAGAGUUUGCACCCAGGUCCUGGGAGACUAAGCAAGGGAAACUGCAUCCUGAGGAUCGAUAAUGUUCAGCACGAUGACGUUGGACCGUUCUGUUUCAGGACUGACAUGCCAGAGUACAACCAGUUCUCCUUUGUUAGUAACAUGGUUUGCAUCAAUGUGAAAGCUGGGUAGGCCUAUGUUUAUUUGGUUGAGGAUUUUUUUGUCUAUCUGUAUCCUGUUGAAUUGUUAAACGUGGCUUGUUAA